AUGGACAUUCGAACGUUUUUCAAAAAACCACGGCUAGAAAAUGAUGAGAUAGAAAAUAGUUUUAAUAACCAGUCACAACCAACUGAACCAGCGAGAAAUGCAUCUCCAGAAACAAAUGUAGCAGUGUCACUUCCAGAGAUUGUGCACCAACAUGACAUAGGAUUAUAUGUGAAUAAACCUGCAACUGAAACUAUUGACUUGUUUCCGGGACUUCAAAAUUUGAUUUGGACUCCUCCAGAAGACUAUAAAUUUCCUGUUUCCGAAAAAAGAAAUUUCAAAGAAGUUGGUUGCUUAAAUAUAAAUGGUUUGCUUAUUCAGCAAUUAUGA